UCAUGACGUCACUUCCUCGGCAUUGCCGCAUCGACACAGUGUUGGGAAUCCACCUCAGUGGGCCCCUUACUCGUUGCUGCCGGCCAUUGGGGGGCGCGAGAGACAACUAAUAUUGGUCAAUAUCAACGACACCACAGUGGUACAGUAUUUUAUUUUUUGGUUUGAUAGUAUUUCAAUUAGUUUCAACUGCAAAAGUUUAAGUGAUGUCAAAAAUGCCGCAUCAAGUUGUGGGUGGUAGUUUUACCCGGCUUUUUGACCACGUGUCUGGUUUCAGGUCACCACGCUAAUCCUGACUAAUCUCCUUUACUUCUGAUUAGCCGCUCCCUACCUUUCCCUGCUUUUUCGAGGUUAACUUGUCCAAGUUUAAAUGCAAUUUUGACUUGAAAUUGAAUGACUCAAGAUUGGUGGCUUUGACUGCUGUGCUGUCCAUGCAGGAAAAUUAAUGGGAGUCGUCUACUCGUGUAAGAUGGAUGGUUAAAGAUCUGACAGCUGUCUCAGCAAUGGGCGCCAACCGAAAAAUGGGGUCACAGCGAGGGUCGCUGCCCCUGCUAUCAGCGUCUCCUUGACCCCCCUACUCAGGACCAUCAGCCCUCCACCUCAACUUUGUGCCACCAUGGAAAGUGGCUGCCGUUUGCUCCCCAUUGCCGUGACUCUGCUGUGCUGUGUGAGCUCCUCUGUGACCACCCCGACCGCUCGGGUCUCCUUCCCAAUGGGCAGUCGCGGGCGACGCCUCACCCGCUUCAGCAGUGCCGACGUGGGCAACACCACCACGCUGCUCCUCAGCGACGACGGCGAUACGCUCUUCGUGGGCGGCCGUGACAUCGUGCUAGAGCUGGAUGUCAGCCUUGAGGACACCAUUAUGCUGAGGAACAAGCUGGACUGGAAGCCUUCGGAGAAAGACCUGGAGCAAUGUUCCAUGAAAGGCAAGAAGAUGACGGACUGUCCAAAUUUCAUCCGUGUGUUGCUGUUCCUGAACGCCACUCACCUCUACGCUUGUGGAACAUUCGCCUUUAGUCCACGUUGUAUCUACAUCAACUCCGAUACAUUAACGAUGAGCCUGAAGGCCGACGAGGGACGAGGUCGCUGCCCUUAUGACCCCUACCAGCGCAACACCGCUAUCAUCGUAGACGGAGAGCUGUACACGGGCACGGUGGCCGACUACCGGGGCAACUGGCCGCUCAUCUCCCGUCACCUCAGCGAAGGCUCUCGUGUGGACCUCAAGCUGGACGACACGCUGGGAUGGCUGGAGGAUCCGACUUUCAUAAGCACCACCUUCAUUCCAGACGAGGGCAAAAUUUACUUUUUCUUCAGCGAAGUGGGCCGGGAGUACGACUUUGUCGACAAGUUCAUCGUUUCACGCGUUUCCCAAGUCUGCACGAGCGACGUCGGAGGUCAGCGGACGCUCCAGCGGCGCUGGACCACCUUCGCCAAAGCGCAGCUACUGUGCCAGGCGGACGGCGAGCUGCCCUAUAAUGUCAUCCAGGACAUCGACAGCCUGGCGCCAACCGAUGGCGCGACGACGGACGACACGCUUUUCUACGGCAUCUUCACUUCGCAAUGGUCAAUCAAUUCGGGACUGUCGGCCGUGUGCUCGUUCCGCAUGGCGGAUAUCAGGUCGGCCUUCUCGGGCAGCUACAAGGUCCUCAACCGUGACACGCUGCAGUGGAGCACCAGGGUGCAGGAGAGGGUGGCCAACCCAGGCCAGUGCGGCUUGCACAACGCGUCAGACAACGCCCUUCGCUUCGUCAAGGAAAACUUCCUGGCGGACGACAGCGUGCGGCCAGCGGGCGGGGGUCCCACCAUGGUGUCCACCGAGCACCGCUACAGCCACCUGGCCGUCCAGAGGGUCCGGGCGACAGACGGUGUGGACUACACGGUCCUGUUUCUCCUCACAGAGUCGGGGUACCUUCACAAAGCGGUGCUGCUGCAGAGCGGUGCGCACGUGGUGGAGGAGGUGCAGGUGUUCCUCAAACCUCAACCUGUCAAGAGCCUCAAGCUGUCCAUACCCAAAGGCUCGAUCUACGUCGGUACAUCGGAGGGUGUGCUCAGGCUCCCGACGGCCAACUGCUCCUUCUACUGGACCUGUGCCCAGUGCGUCCUUGCCCGGGACCCUUUCUGCGGGUGGGAUGCCGCCCGCCAGGCCUGCGUGGGGGUCUCCGGCACCCACCUGGGCCAGGACGUGGAGAGGGGCAACGUGGAGAAGGCGUGCGAGAGCGCUACCUCCAUGCACAGAGCUCGCUUUGGACCAAGCAACCUGCCAGCAGCUCCCUGUCCCGCAGGCGAGCAGCUGUCAGUGUCCCUGCACGAGGUGGUGCGCCUCCCGUGUCCCGCCGCCUCGCGUCUCUCCCGCCAGUCGUGGGAGCGACCAAACAGCCGCCUGUCGCCGGAGCUCUACCUCCACCUGGACGACGGCAGCCUGAGCUUCGUGGCCACGCCCGCCACUCUGGGCCACUACCUGUGCCUGUCCGCCGAGAACGGCUUCCGACAAACCAUGGCCGUCUACCACGUCAAGCAGAAGAGCGGCCCCCUACCCAGCCCAAAGGGACCGACGCAGCCGGGCCGCAACCUUUCCGUAUGGAUGAUGAAAGCGGCACCAAAUGAGGCUGUCUAUCAAGACGGGGACUCGCUUCUGUCAUCGCAGACCCCUUCCUACUUAAAGGAGCUGGUGGCCGUGUCGGUCCUCUUAGUUCUUUCCCUGAGCGUGCUCUUCACCAUCCUCCUCUAUGUGGUCAGAGAGCGGUGGCAUAGCCGCACCGUGCCGCAGCAAGUGGUGGAGGAUUCGGGCAGACGGACUCCAGAGGAGCAAGAGGCCCUCCAAGUGGGGCCCGCGCAGAGCAAGCGCAACGGGCACGUCCAGGGCGCCCUCUCCAACGGGGCGCUUGCCGCUUCCAACGGACACUUGCCCAACACGCCCAUUUGAGCGCCGGCACUCCAGGUAAGGAUAAAAUAAAAAUAAAAAAUAUUGCUGUACUUGUCAUAAUGUGACAAAGAUCAAAUGGUUAUUUUCCCAGAACAUUUUUAAAAACACAUUUUCACUUUAUGGAAUGCUACCCACUUUUGAUGCCACCUGACUGCAAAAUGUACAGUACUCUUAUUUUAGUAGGCUUUGGUACAAAAAUGUCAAAUAUUAGUAGGAAUUCAACGUUUGCACACUUUGGGCACAUCACAAACUUUAUGGAACUAUUUUAUAUGAUUUUUUUUUUUUUGUACUCAACGGUGGCGUAUUAUAGGAUGGCAUUGCUGCUCCUCAACGUGCCUUGGCUACACACUCGGACCCUGUCAUAAUGUGACUGCUGAACUAUUCCCUGUGUUCAUUUUGAAUGUUAAAUGUGAACAUGGUACUAAUGUGCUUUUUGACACCUUUUAAUUCACUCGUUCAAGGGGGGGGGGGGGUGACCAAAUAUGCUGAUUUUACUCAUCCAAGGACUUAAGUUUGGAUGUUUUUUUGAGGGAGUUGGAUUGGUCUAUUUUCACAUCUGGACCGAAUCAGUAGGGCGCAAACACAGCUGUCACGAUAGAAGAAAAAAAAAAAGUAAGACGCUGAAUUCCAACCACUAUCAUAAUAAAUAUUGUGUUAUGUGAAUGUCUUUUCAUGUCACUCAGGAUUUAGCCUUAUUAGCUUUGUGCAGUAUACGUUUCAGAAUACACUGUGCUGUGUUUACUGUAUCAAGUUUUAAAUGGGCUCUGUAGCGCUACCACGUGGCCAAAAAUAUUAAACGCACCCUAGAAAAA